UCCUCCCCGGGACAGCUGGAUGCAGCAGAUCAGCCAUGCAGAAGCACUGCAGAGACAUGGAAGAGUUGUUAGUAGAGCUGCGCUUGUUUCUACAACUAUUGGACCAUGAAUAUCUGACUACCACUGUUAAGGAGAAGAAGACUGUGAUAAGCAACAUACUGCAGAGGAUACAGUUAUCCAAAGAAUUUGAGGUGAAGAAUCAUGUUCACAAAGCUGAGACGUUGAGCAGUGUGCCGGCCCCGCCGCAAAUGCCUCUUCCUGAAAUCCCCCAACAAUGGCUGCCUCCAGACAACGGACCUCCGCCAUUACCGACAUCAUCCCUUCCAGAGGGGUAUUAUGAAGAAGCUGUACCUCUCGGCCCCGGAAAAGCUCCAGAGUACAUCACCUCCAACUAUGAUUCAGACGCUAUGAGCAGUUCGUAUGAAUCUUAUGAUGAGGAGGAGGAAGAUGGAAAGGGGCAGAAGAAGAGGCUUCAGUGGCCGUCAGAGGAAGCGUCAAUGGACUUGGUGAAAGAUGCGAAAAUCUGUGCAUUCCUCCUGCGGAAGAAGAGAUUCGGGCAGUGGACCAAGCUGCUGUGUGUCAUCAAAGACAACAAACUGAUGUGCUACAAAUCUUCCAAGGACCAGCAACCUCAGAUGGAGCUGUUGUUGAAUGGCUGCUCGGUGUCCUAUGUGCCAAAGGACAGUAAGAAGAAGAAGCACGAGCUGAAGAUCACCCAUCAGGGGACGGAUGCCUUGGUUCUUGCCGUCCAGAGCGAGGAACAAGCUGAACAAUGGCUGAGGGUGAUAAAAGAAGUGUGCAGCAGCUUUAGCGGACCUGUGGACUCGGAUGGGCAGUCUUCAAGCUCUCCACUACCAAAGACAGAACUGGAAAAGAAACUGUCAACAGAGAGACCCAGCUCUGAUGGGGAAUGUCAUGCUGAGAACGGCACUGCGGUUGUCAAUGGAAAAGAGCCUGUGAAAAGGAAAAAAAGUUCAAAAGCUGAGCCUAAAGGUGUAGUAACUAAAGUAACAGGAAAGAAGAUCACCAAAAUAAUUGGUCUGGGGAAGAAGAAGCCCAGUACAGAUGAGCAGACGUCAUCGGCAGAAGAGGAUGUCCCAACUUGUGGAUAUCUAAAUGUCCUCAGCAACAACCGCUGGAGAGAACGCUGGUGUCGGGUGAAGGACCACAAACUCAUCUUCCACAAGGACAGGACUGACCUGAAAACACACAUAGUCUCCAUACCUCUUCGAGGGUGCGAAGUUAAUACUGGCCUCGACUCUAAACACCCACUGGCGUUCCGACUGCUGCGGAAUGGACAAGAGGUGGCUGUACUGGAGGCGAUUUCUUCAGAAGACAUGGGCCGGUGGAUAGGAAUAUUAUUGGCUGAAACCGGUUCUUCUACUGACCCCGGAGCCCUGCAUUAUGACUACAUUGAUGUGGACACCACAGCCAACGUCAUACAGACUGCCAAGCAGUCUUUCUGUUUCAUGAACAGAAGGGUAAUAUCCACUAAUCCUUAUCGAGAAGCCCCUACAAAUGGCUAUUCCUGCCCCAGCGGCCUGGCUCUUCACUAUGAUGAUGUUCCAUGUAUUAAUGGAUUGUGGAGACCGGAUGAGGACUUUGCUCACAGAAAGAAAGAAGAGGUGCAUUAUGAUGAAGCAGAUGUGUACGAUAACUUGCCAUCUCCGAAAAUCUUUGCACGCUACUCACCUGCUGACAAAAAGGCCAAUAGGUUAUCCACUGACAAACUGUCUCCUAACCACUACAAAUCUCCUGUUUCCUCCAGUCUAUCUUCUCAGUCUGUCACUAACAACUCUUCUCUGGGGAGGGCAUCCCUUGCUUUAUCUAUACAGCUGAAGAGCAAGAAACCGCCUGCAGGUAUCAAUGGAAUUGUAUCAAAAUCAAGAGUAGCCAACAACCAGCAAAAGAAAACCAAUCCGACCACUACUGUAAAACGCACAGCCUCCAAUGCUGAACAAUAUAAAUAUGGGAAGAAUCGGGUGGAGGCAGAUGCUAAGAGACUUCAGGUCACAGAGGAGGAGCUGCUGAAAAAGAAAGAGGCUCUUCGAAACAGACUAGCCCAGCUCCGCAAAGAGAAACGAGACACAAGAGCAGCAAUUGAAGCCAAUGCAGGAAGAAAAUCUCAGGUCUUGCUGGAGGAGAAGCUGAGAAAGCUGGAGGAUGAGUGUAAACUGAAAGAGGGUGAACGAGUAAAUCUGGAGUUGGAGCUGACAGAGGUGAAGGAAAGUCUAAAGAAGGCCAUGAAUGGUGGGAUCACACUGGGUCUUGCUAUCGAACCCAAAAAUGAGACCUCAAGACCGCAGUCUCCAGUCCUCAGGCACAGAACAGUGGAGAACUCUCCAAUCUCCAGCUGUGAUACAAGUGAUGUGGAAUGUUCCCUACCAGUAAAUAGUGCCUCAGCAUUAAAACGGCAACCUGCACCAAAAAACUCCCCGGUACGAGGACACGUUCUAAGGAAAGCAAAGGAAUGGGAGCUGAAGAACGGCACAUAAACCUCACAACACCUUUCGUGCAGGAGCCUUAACCAGCGUGGACCAAGAGACAAUACAACUCAGCGUUUCCAGUACAUGAGUACUUUGCUUGUUUGUUGUGGAGAAUCAGCCACACAUCACAGAGCAGCUGUGAAGAGGGUUGUCUCAGUGGACCAAUUAUUCUGCCUUGUGAAGACAGGUCCAUUCUCUGUGCUGCCGGCCUUGUGACCAGCCGACCUCUGCUGACAUUACCACUGCGUGCGAGUUGCUGUAAUGUUACAUGCACAACUUUCUGGCACAUAGCAGGGAACGACCUGGAAUACCACGAAUACUAGUAACACUCCCACUGCUGCAUGAAUUGUCUUCAUUCUAUUGUUGCUUUCCUGUCUGUUGUUUGUGUUAAGGACUGAAAUGUUCAGAGGUUCUCAGUGAUAGAAUGCUAUCGGUCACUGCCAAA